AUGCAUCAAGACAUUGACGAUGACAGUUCGACCAGUUCUGACUCCCAAUACACAGCUUCCGGUGAUGAUAUCACUAUUCUCGACGCGUGCAUAGAAUGUGACAUCGAGGCUCUGCACGUGCUCCUUGAGGAUUGUCCUCAAUAUGAAGAGGUUAACGAAGUCGACAGAUCCGGUAGGACCGGACUCAGCCACGCAUGCGCAAACGGGUUCACGCCUGCGGUGGAGGCCUUGUCUGAGGUACCGGAAGUGGACGUCAAUCAGGCAGACAGUGAAGGGAAUUCCCCGCUAAUUUUUGCCGCCCAAGCAGGUCACACGGAUGUGGUGAGGUUAUUGUUAAACAAUUUCAAGAAGGUUCGUGUUGACCAAGCUAACCGGUUGGGCUUCACGCCCUUACUCAAAGCCGCCAUCCAAGGUAGAACAUCCUGCGCUAAGCUCUUGUUAUUUGCAGGGGCCUCACCCAAGAUACGAGAUCCGGGUCGUCAUCUUUGCGCCGAAGAGUGGGCCAGAUUCUGCGGCCGCCAUGACUGUGCCGACGCCAUUGCUAAACUCUCCCAUACACGCUCAUUCUUUUCCAAACCCAAAUUCCGAACGUUAAGAGAGAAAAGUUGUAGCGUUCCUGACCUGAGUCAAGCCGAGGACUGCAAACCAGCCGCCAGUGAUAAAUCUAGCAAAGACGACAGUCAACACAGCAGCAAUGGUAGAACGAAAGGCAUUGGAAAGGCGUUCCGCAAAAUUUUCCACUGGGAAAAUGAAAGCGGAAACGGAUUGUGUACGGACCAGAGUCCGUUUGCGAUUGUCGCAAGGUGCGUCUCCACGCCGCUGCUUCCGGAAAUUUUGAACUUUUCCAGCUCCCCUCCUUUGCGCCGACGGCCAUUAAGUAUCGAACAUCUCUCCGCCAUACCAAAAGUGGAGGUCACUACCCCAGCCGGCGUUCUGGACCAGCCAGAUUAUAACAACACGUCACCUGCGCGAAGGCGUCGGAAACAAACUUCUGGUGGAUGCAAACACUGCGAUGUCCUUUCCAAGUGAAACCAAAUAGUGUUGUGAAUUGUUGAAACAAAAAGAUGACUUUGUGUUUUAUUGGAUUAUAUCCCGGCAGCUUGAUUGUUCAAGUUACCUCUGGAUUCAAUGGGAUUCAAUAAUGCGAUGUACCCCGACACGCCAUUACUAUACUUGAAGCAGACGCAUGUUAUAAGCAUUUCAAAUUUUAACCGGCUUAGAAAUUACAUUCGAUUGAUAUUUGUUUCUCUUUAAAACAAGAUUUAUUUGUGAUUUUGGAUUGUUGUAUCUAUUAUCGGUGGAUCCUUUUCAUCUUUAGCAGUUACACGUUUAGUUUUGUAGGUAGCAGAUUUUGAAGGGUCUUGAUGUGAGAAAAGUACUUUGAGCCUUCCCGAAGAUUUGAAUUGGUUCGGACACUCCAGAUUUAAUGUUGUGCAAAGGUUCUGUUUAUUUUUUUUUGUGAAUUUCUGAUGCUCUGUGUGUGAGGCAAACGUAUAAACAUAUUUUCUAUCGAAUAUUUUUACCCUUGUCUCUUUCCAAAGGUCAAAUAUCUGUGCACAUUCAUCGUUCUAUUAUACAAAAGUUUCUAUACUUGAAAAAAAAAUUA